AUGUGCAGGCGAAAAUUGGAACGAUCGCGAGCAAACCAGGAUACGGCGAGGCGGCCGACAGGAAAGGAGGACGCCGGUGGGGUCGACAGUGCUAGUGGCGCGUCCGCAGAAGAUGCCGGCUCUUCGGAUAAUACAGGAAGCAGCAGUAGUAGAAGCGACUCGGGAAGGAGUAGCGGUAGCGAAAAAAUCCCUGACCGAAUGAAAGGCACGCAGGUGGGCCGCGCACUCCGCUCACGCUUGUCGACGCAAAAAACCAGCGGGCCACAGCGCUCACGUAAUAUCGGCCUGCGUAGGGCAUCCGGUACCCGUGUUUUAGCGCAUAAACACAGUCACGGUGUUCGCGAUUUGAGUGGUGAUAGCAGCAGUGGCAACGAUAAUGCCAAUAACGACAGUGACGAUAAUGAAACGAAUGAAGGUGGAAGGAAGAGGACCAGGAUUUGCCGUUUCAGGCAGCCUCCACCAGUUUCGCGUCUCAUUGCGAAGAAAAUUCUCACGAAAUCGAUUGCACGAACACGUAAACAGCGCUGUUCGUCAGCACUUGUACUGAAAGAAAAUGUCACGGGACGAGUCACAAGACGUAGGGCAGAUGGUGUUAGCGGCAGUAAUAAUGAUGCCGUCAGUGAUAACAGUCGUUAUGAUGAUAAGGUUGAUUCUGGGGACAGUGGUAGCGGCAAAUCUGGUGAAAAUGUUCAAGCGCCAGUGAGAGGGAAAAUUCGUGGACGAAAAAGGCAUUGCAGUACUACUGAUGCUGGUGAUGAGAAAAUGGCGGUGAAUCAGAAAAGGAUGGACUUAACGGAUUCCAAUAGCGCCGAGAACAGGAAAGUUGCAAGAAAACGACAAAGCGUCCCUGAGAAGGACAACGAACCAGCGUUAAAGAAACGUCAGAGGGAAACGGAUGAUCCAAAGAAGGAUUAUGUGGUGGGCAGUGUUGUUGCUGUUUAUGAGGACAGUUCACGAAAAGGAAAAUGGACACCUGCUGUUGUUGUUUCGGAAAGGGCGUUCAGGACUUCAGCAGCUAAAGGGUCAAUGUUGAAUGUCGCCAAAAAUGACGUUUUGCUGCGUAGUUUCAGGGAUGCUAAAUAUUUCGCAUGCGCACCAAACCGACUAUCGCAGCCAGGUGUUUCAGCUCUCAGGGCCCCAGAUUCAACGUCCAAACUUUCUGUUGAUCGAGCGGUUGCUUUCGCAGAAAAAGAUCGUUUGCCGAUGGGAUGGGAAACAGUACAUAUUUUCGAUGUUGACAUAUGGUCAAAAAAGAGCGAGGCGCGGCCAUCUUCGAGUGCGGCGAAGACCCGUCCCGAAGCUGCGAAAUCAAAGCAGGAGAAAGAAAAGGAAAGAAAUUCGUCUGCGAGCAGUACUUCGAGUGAGGACAGCAGUGACGAAGAGUAUGCGCAAGAAAGAGACCAUUUCACUGCGCAGCUGUACAAAUAUCACGAAGAACGAGUUGGAUUGGAUGCUGUUGCAUUUAACCGAACAGACUUUAACGAAAAUAAGGAAAAUUCGGCGGAGCCCUGUACCCCAAUUAACAGAGCUCCAAAGCUUGGCGGUAAGGAUAUCGAUAUGUUUCGGCUGCAUAAUUUGGUGCAUCGGUUCGGCGGCAAGAAAAAGGUGAAUGAAAAUAAUCACUGGAGGCAGAUACUGCGAAAGUUGCAUCUAGUAGGUUGCCCGGGAGCCACAUCGGCCACCGUGAAACAGGCCUAUUCGAGGUUAGUUUUUGAAUUACACUAG